AUGCCAAAGGGAACCAAGAAAACUAAUGAGAAAAAAGCGGACCUUGAAAAGUUUGCAAAAGAGUUGCAAGGAAGUGAUUCGGAUGAGGACGCUGUUGUAAUUGAGCAGCCAACGGUUGAGCCAAUCCCCACCCAAAAUGUUAACUCUAACGAGAAGAGUAAGACGAAACAGAUAGUUUAAUGCGAUUCCCCAACAACUCAUAUUACAGAAAUCGAGCUCUCCGCAGCUGAGAAGGACCAGCUCCGCACCGAACUGGACAAGGUACUAUAAGAAAUUUGAAGUCAUUAGACUAAAUAAUAAUAAUUCAGACCGAGGAGGAGAUUUCGACCCUGAAGCAGGUGCUCGCCGCGCGGCAAAAGCACGCCGCUGAGCUCAAGCGCAAGCUGGGACUCACGCCAUUCUCGGAGCUCUCGCAAGACCUCAAGGGCAGUCUCAAGACUGUCACCGACACUGAGGCGUAAGUCGAGAAGAGCAUAUGUGUCAGUGAGUGAUUACCGUCUUGCAGGUUCCAAAAGACAGCAGAAGUGGCGGCGGCGACUUCCGAUACUGUCAAGGAGAAGUGGAAUGACAUGAGAAACUCGUCUCUCUUCAAGUCUUUUGAAUCUAAACUCGGAAGCGCUUACAACCAGGUAUGGGGAGGCAUUCCUCCUUUUUUAACAGUACAUUGAAUUUAAUUUUAGGCAAAGAUGGCCGCGUCGACGUCGAUCGAUCAUCUGGCGGGAGCUGCUCGUGGACCAAGCCAGACUGGAACCCCAGUUGCCGAAGAAGCCAAGCCCAUCGCCUAA